AUGUCUACGGUCUUUGGGUGGGUGCUCAUGGGAAAAACGUCUAGUGCACCAGACAGGAACAUAGUUACUAUGUGCUCAACCAUGGAUUCAGUAGACCGAACGUUACAGCGUUUUCUAGAAAACGAAGACGUUCCAACCGUAGAGAAAUCUAGUCAGGCUGACUUGGAAUGCGAACAUAAUAUCAAUCAACCACAACGCGCCAAUCAGAUGCUCACCGGCCGUACCAACGUUUACUAUACCGUUUCACGCAAAAUGAGCCGAUUCAGGAGUACGAAAUGA